AUGUCCACCGUCUACAACUCGAGGCUAUUUCAAAAUAUUUUCGGCACCAAAAAAAUAAGAGAUAUUUUUUCGGAUGUUCAAUAUGUCAAGUAUAUGGUGGAAGCAGAGAUAUGCUUAGCCAAAGCUGAAGGUAGCUUGAAUGUGAUUCCAAAGGAGAAGGCAGAUCAAAUCUUCGAAAUUGCCAAAAAUGAGACUUUUGAGUUUGACUACGAACUAAUGGGCAACGAAACCGACAAUGUUGGAUAUUGUGUCCUACCUCUUUUGAAUCAGUUGACAAAAAAGUUUCCCGGUGAUUUAGGCGAGUAUUUGCAUUGGGGUGCAACGACGCAAGAUAUAAUGGACAAUGCUUCCAUGUUGCAAAUCAAAGAUGCCCUUAGUCUUGUAGAAACGUAUCUCCAAGGAAUUGUUGCAACUUUGAAAGAAAUGGCUGCAAAAUAUAAAGAUUCUGCGAUGCCAGGGAGGACUCAUUUCCAGCAAGCUCUACCCAUCACAUUUGGAUACAAGUGUGCUGUAUGGGUUUCAGGUAUCCAAAGGUCUAUUGAAAGGUUAGAGCAAACGAAAAGACGUUGUCUCUUGGCUCAGUUUGGCGGUGCAGCUGGUACAUUGGCAUCUUUGGGCGGAACCGAUGUUGGAUUGAAAGUCAGAGCAGAGCUCAGCAAACUUCUUGGACUUGAAAAUCCCUCAAUUACUUGGCACGCAGCGAGAGAUGGAAUCGCAGAAAUUGUUUCCGUCUUGGCUAUCAUUGGUGGCUCAAUUGGAAAGAUCGCUUUGGAUAUCAUCGCCAUGUCUUCAAAUGAAAUCAACGAGGUUUCCGAGCCUUUUGUUACACAUAGAGGUGCCUCAUCCACAAUGCCCCAGAAGAGAAACCCAAUAUCUUCGGAGUAUAUGUUGGCAGCUUCAAAGAUCUUGAGAGCAAAUGCAAGCUUGGCACUCGACGCAAUGGUAGUUGAUUUUGAAAGAGCUUCAGGUCCAUGGCACUUGGAGUGGCUUUGCGUUCCUGAAUCCUUUAUUGUUUUAGUAGGUUCUCUUCAUCAAGCAAGAACAGCAUUGCUGGGUUUGGUAGUGAAACCAGACUCUAUGGCCGAGAAUCUUGCUUCAAGUAGAGGACUCAUAGUGGCAGAAGCAGUUAUGAUGGGCAUAGCUCCUUUUAUUGGUAGACACUCAGCACAUAAUGUUGUUUAUGAAAGCUGUGUUAAAGCCCACGAUAGUGGCUCAAGUCUUCUCAGCGUGUUGAAAACAGAUCCUAAAAUUGUGAGUAAGGUUGAGCCUCAACUUUUGGAAAGACUAUGCGAUCCAAAGAACUAUUUGGGAGCAUGCAGCUACAUGGUGGAUAACGUAGUGCAAUCAUAG